GGCACGAUACAAAAUAGCCCUUCUACAAACGAAACCAUCGUUUCGUGUUGGUUUGCUGGCUGUGUGUGCGUGUCUAAGCUUUUUGUGUGCGCUCAGAACGGCUGUGUUCUGUUUUGGGAUUUGUGUGCCGCUUCUUCUGCGUCGUUGUUUUCGCGCUGUCCAUCCCGCUGCUGUUGGUGCUGCUGGAGGUCAAUGUUGAUGUUUCGAUCCGUUACGGUAAUCCGGACAACAGCGGUGUGUGUGCGUCUGCUGCUGCUGGUGUGAGUGGCGUGGAACCCACAUCAAAGCAACCCAUAUUUCUACCGCUCGUUACAACGCAACAACCCAAAAGCUUCCCGUUCUGCUUGCACACGAAAACGCAGCAGCACAAAAGCCUUGACCUUUGCCAGUGUGUGUGUGUGUGUGUGUGUGUGUGUGUCUCGCGUGCGCUCCUGGUGCAUUUCUCGUGAAGCUUUUCCGCCGUCUCGUGUGCCACCGGGUGGGGGAGUGAGAGCAACAACCCGUCAUCAUCAUCAUCAUGCUGGAGCUGCAGCAUCCCGACGCCGGCGGCGACGUGCAGCUGGGCACCCGAUCGGUCAUCCCCAGUGCCGCCACGACCCGGUCCGCGCUGGAGGCGAUCAAGAAAAAGUUCGAACUGGCAGCUGCCGCCGACGUGAGCGAGAAGCUGCUGGCCGAAAAGGGCAAGGAGCAGAAACUGGCGGCCGGUGGUGUUCCAUCGACCCCGGACGGUACCGAAACGACGCCGGCAAAGCCACCGUCCGCCCUCGGGUUGAUUGAUUCCCGCGGGUGCGCCAAACCAACGAAAAAGUUCGGCGGAACUCGCAGCGAGUUCGUCGGCAAACUGCGCGCCCUCUGUGAAGCGGGCGGUGUAACAGGGCUCGCUGGCAGCGGAGGAGGAGGAGGUGUUGGUGGUGGAGCAGGUGGAGGCGUCGAAGAAAAGCGCAUCAGCAAAAGCACCGACGACAUUGCGGAUAGCGACGAGCGCGACAUGACCAAUACACAGCUCUGGUUCCGUGGCGUCCGGCCAUCCAAGUUCCGGCACGUGUACGGUUUGCCGACGCGCAAGGAGUGCUGCUACACCGACAUCAGCGUGGUGCGCAGCGGCAACGAUGGUAACUUCUGUGCGGUGAACCCAACGUUCCUCGCGAUCGUAGCCGACACGACGUUCGUGGUCAUCCCGAUCGCGACGACCGGGCGGAUCGAUUUCCAGUGCUGCAAGGUGAUUGGUCAUGCGGGUCAGAUACUCGAUCUGAAGUGGAACCCGUUCGACGAUCACACCAUCGCGUCCGCUUCGGAUGAUUGUACGAUCAAAAUUUGGAACAUUCCCGAGGGUGGAUUGGUCAACAACCUCACCAACUACGUGACGGAGCUGGUCGGCCACAAGCGCAAGGUGCUGCACAUCGAAUGGCACCCAACGGCGUCGAAUGUGUUGCUGAGUGCCGGGUUCGAUCACACCGUGUGCGUGUGGGACACGGGCAACACCGAGCGUCCGCUGCUGAACGUUAUCGACUGCCACGUGGACAUGAUCUACAGUCUUGCGAUCAACCGGGACGGGUCGAUGAUUGCCACCACGUCCAAGGACAAGAAGCUGCGUGUGAUCGAACCACGCAGCGGUAUUGUCGUUUCGGAGGGCAUCUGUCAUCUGGGUACCAAGUGUUCGAAGGCCGUGUUCCUGGACAAUGGGCGCAUCCUGACGACGGGCUUUUCGCGCCACUCCGACCGUCAGUAUGCCGUGUGGGAUCAGCACGAUCUGAGGAAACCGCUCACGCAGGAGGUGAUUGACAGCUCGAGCGGCAUCGUCACGCCGUACUACGACUACGACACGCGCAUGGUGUACCUGGCGGGCAAGGGCGACGGCAACAUCCGGUACUACGAGGUGGUGGACGAGCCGCCGUACGUCCACUAUCUGAACCAGUUCCUGUCCGGCCAGCCGCAGAAGGCGCUCGGCUUCAUGCCGAAGCGUGGCCUCAACGUGCACCAGUGCGAAGUGUUCCGCUUCUACAAGCUGCACGCGGCCGGCAACAUCUGCGAGCCCAUCUCGAUGAUAGUGCCGCGCAAGUCGACCCUGUUCCAGAGCGAUCUCUACCCGGACACGCUCGCGAACCUGCCGGCGAUCGGGGCGAAGGAAUGGUUCCAGGGUCGCAACGUUUCACCGAUCCUGAUGUCCAUGAAGACGGGUGAAUCCAUCAUGGAGGUGUCGAAUGGCAAAUCGAACCGUAACAGUAUCGAGUCCAAAAUCCAGCGAACACAUUCCAUCCAUCUUGCCAACGGAAAUCAAACGAACGGAGGCACCAACACCAACGGUCACACCGUGUCAAUUUCAAACGGAACCGAUAAGAACCACCAGCAACAGCAGCAACAGCAGCAGAAUGGCGGAAACUAUGGAUCGAAUCUGACCAACGGCAACAACAACAACAACAAUCAUUCCAUCAGCGUGAAGCAGCAGCAACACAACUCGCUUAACAAAGAGAACGAACAGCUCGACAACCGCAAGAGUGAUAACAAUACGAAGAAGUUUGCCUUCCUUUCGCAACCGACCAUUCCUGACUAUCGACCACAAACGAUAAUCGAGAAAAGCCAGAAAACGUCCACCAACCAGAGUACAAAGUUUCACCAGCUGCAGGCAAUCUUUGGGCAGCAGACGACCAACCACAAGGACAUUGCCAACCUGCAGAACAAUCUGCUCAGCAACUCGCGCAACAGCUCCCGCAACAGCUCGCUGGAAAACAUUAACCUGCUAAACUCGGAAAAUGAGCUCCGAAAGGCAUUUAACAAGCAGGCGGACGAAAUCAAGAGCCUGCGCAAAACGCUCAACGUGUCGGAGAAGCGUGUCCGCGAGCUGGAGGCGGAAGUGAAGCGGCUGCAGCAGCAACUGAAGCAACACCAGUAGAGUAGCCAACACGGAAGAGGCAUACAACGCGGAAACAUUGUGAUUUGGGAUAUGUGAUUGUUUCGGAAAAGGAGAGUUUUAUGUGUUUCUUUGUUUGUGUUGGUUGGUUUGGUUGGUUCGGCUCUCUCGCGUUUUUGCGUGUGUGUGCGCGAAGAAGCAGCGUAUAAUGAAUUUGCGUAUGUGUUUUGCGUAUGUGCGUGGUUUGUGCACUUUGUCAAGCAUCAAACGCAUGACGUUACGAUGAUGUAUGUCGUAUUUGUGUCUGUGUACGCUUGGUCCAUGAGUGUGCGUGAUCGUAUAUGUGUAGGGAAGGGAAGAUAGGACAACAAACACGUGGCAAAUAUCGAAAAUGUAAGGAAUGUAAGGAACACGGGAAAUAGGGGAGAGGUACACGAGAGUAGUUACCAAUACCUCCCCCCAUCGUCCCACGAAACAGUAGAGAGAGAGAGAGAGAGAGAGAGAGAGGAUCGGUAUGAUUUAUAAGCACAAUAGAACGAUUAGGUUAACCAGCUGGUCGGCGUAAUCGGCUUUAGGAGAUAGGUGGACGAGGACGAGGUUUUUGUGGCGUAACUUUUGCGCUCUGCUAAACGCUUCUACUACUGGCGGGGGGAUGGUACUAACCUCCCGCAGAAUGUACUACCGCUGCUGCCGCCAACCCUUAUUACACUAUAUACUUACUUACCUGUGUGUAUAUGCGAAACAAGAUUUGCUUUUAACGUUGACUUACGCAACAACAACAAAUGAACGAACGAACGAACGAAACGAGCGUGUGUUUGCUGCCGGGGAAAAUGGGAAAGCAGCAAUAUGCAGAUGAGCUUGCGGGCUGCACAAACGGGAAUAGACGCUACAACCACUGCUUACAACCACCAUUCCCUUUCAUAUUCUCCCAUGCUACAGGAGGAGACAGGAAAAGACACAGCUUUUGCCACAGUUGGGCUUACUAAUGCUAAAUACGAUAAUAAUGCCACCUAAAUGUAGCUCAUAGUAUUCUCCCUCCCCCCUUUCAUACCAAACCCGAAACAGCAGCGCGUGAUUCCCCUCAUUAAUCCUGUUUUUCCCUCAUUUUCUUCAACUCUCUAUCUUUUCGAGAAGCAUUUAGCUCCUCUCCGACAGUGGGCAGGGCGAGGGGAUAAGGACGAACGUUGUGAGGAGUAAUUUAAUCAGGCAUUUGUGUUUAUUUUUCCUCUCUUUCUUCAUACAAGAUGCUAUCCAUUUUUUAAUAUUAAGGUACUUGGAAGAUUAACGAAGCUAACGAGUUGAAGAGCUUUUUUGGCAAAAAGAAUGUACGAAGAAUCACACGAGUGAUGUGUGUGUGUG